GGCCAGCGAGCAGGCCCGAGGAACGCGCGUUUGGCAGCAAGCGCAACAAGCGGUGAACGGACAAACGGCGGUGGACACUAACGACGACCUCGGUGGACGGCUGCGGCGUGAACGACAACAGAGUGACGAACAGGAAGCACGUGGCUUCCGCGUUCUUCGACGGCUGCGACGAGUAGGGCAGGCGCGUGUGGGCGUACGCCCGAGUGGCUAGAGGAGCGACUACGGAACUGAGUCGUGCGCGUUCGACGUAGACGUGUAUUUGUAGUUAGUCGGUGGUUGACACCGCGCUAGUUCAUCUAAAUAAAGUAGGUGUUGCUGCCAGUCGGACACGCACCGGCACAGUGUCUUACGCUUGGACACUGUCGGCCAUCCGGACUUUCGACCGCAUCAGCACGGUCGCGACCAAACCCCAAGCGUGUGGGGCACCAAACACGUUGCAUGGUGGUCAUACAGGGGCCUAGUGUACGUAUCCGACGCAGCCCUCGACUUACGAAGACACCCGAAGACGCUCGGAUGGCUCGGACGAAGGUCGUCAUGCAACCCACGACCCGUGCGACGAGGAAUCAACCGGCGACUCAGACUUAGACGUCUGUUCCCGUGCCUACUGGAGGAUCGGAUCUGGCGCGACAAGACGGUCAGAACGCGAACGAGAACGAGGACGAAGAAACGAAGGAGAACGAUCCGGGCGACGCAGACAACCCAAGCGACGAACGCAACGACCACGGCGCUGACGACACGCAGGACGCGCCACCCGACGAAGCGGCAACUAGCGGCAACGACGACGGCACAGCGAUGGCUCCCGUAGCGGCGCUGACCGCUGCACUGCAGCAGAUGGCAACGACGAUGGCAAGGAUCGAUGCGAGACUGGACCAGCUAAGCACCACGGUGGCCAACCCCGCGCCGUCCCCUGCGCCCGCGGACGCUGAUACGCAGACGGUGGGAACGACGAAUCCGUCGACACAGCAGGCACCGCCACCCGCUGCACCACGGGACCCUCCCCCAGCGGCUACAGCUCGGCAGGUGGCCUACCAGCCACGUGACGGCAACGACGACGGAGACGACAGCGAUGAUGACAACGACGACGGGUCUUCGAGCAGCUCCGACGACGACGACGAAUCUGACGACGGCCACGACGGUGGAGGACGCCGUGCCAGACGCCAACCCGUUACGAGGCCCGGUGAUCGAGACUUUCACCGCAACAGACGGCGAGCCAUUCGAGACUUGGACUUGCCAUCCUUCUUACCGACACCACAGACAUCUGUGACGACGUGGAUCGCGCGCGUUGACCUGGCACUCGAAGGAGCACGACUAUCAGGACGGGGCGAAUGGACUGAUCAAGAACUGUAUUACAUCUUAGGCAAUAAGCUACAGGACAGUGCUGCCCGCUGGUGGGUCCAGCUGGAUCGUAAACUACGCGACCGUGAGCGAACGUGGACGAAGUUGCAGCAGGAUAGUUUGGUUAAUAUCCCAGGAUUGUGGAAAAAGAGCCUCCAGCUUAUUUUAAUAGAGUAAUUAAAAU